UAUGGAUAAAUUGAGCAACCUAACUAAGAAUUAUGUGGCGACUGAUGACAAUAUUAUGUUGCUAUGCCUUGGCAUGCAUGACAGCGUAAUGUGGGAUAUCCCCUAGAUGAGAAAGCAAGCACAGUGUGCAUGUCAGUGUGCUUUUUCAACAGGAGGCGCAGCGGUUCUCAUGCACUGUUUUUGUUUCGGUCUCUGUGUUUCUUCCUGCUCUGACGCUGGACUGUCCUCCGUAUGAAACUAAAACAACGAUGACAAGGCCGCAACUUCUGUGUAAAUGAGUUGUAGGAUAUUUCCAAAUAUUUAAUUAGAGCACAGAAUCCGGUUAGUAGUGGGGUGCCGAAACCACAUAUCCCCGCCUGAAGUAGUCAGUCGGCGGCAUGUCGCUGAGCUCAGGCGGGUGGACUCACACACCUCCUCCGGCCCAGUCAUCGUCUCAUCUCGGCCACGAGGCCUCGCAGUCGGGCUGCAACACUAUUUUGAUGUCGGUGAAGGUGUCGGUAUGCCACUCGGGUGUACGCCCGCUUUGUCUCCCGGGCGCCGGAGACGAAUCUCUCCGUCUUCAGCUGAGCAUGGACCCGGGGAAGGCAGGGAAAUUCCGCCUCGCGUUACGGGACAUCAGCGGAGCAGCGGCUGGACACAGUGUGUCCAUUGCUGAGUUUGACCUCAGGACUGUUCGUUAUGAAGUAAAGUCACCACUGUGCCAUGAACUGAGUUUGGCUACACCUCCACACGACUGUAUUACAUUCAUCUUCCGCUGUGAGCAGGAAGCACAAGAGUGGGCCACUGUGUUGAUGUCAUCACUUUUCGAGGCCCAUAGAGUGGUGAUUAAUACCCCUACUGAAGAUGAACAGCUACCUCCUCAGCCUCUGGAUUCACAAAGCACAUCACUCAUGCCACGUGCAGAGGAGAUAUGUGCAGAGCUGAUAUGUGCUAUUGAGGCAGGUGAUGUUCGGGCAGCUUCUGAUUGUGCAACAUCUUUAGCUAAACAGAGAGCAGCUCUGUGCAUUCAGCCUUCUAAACGAAGUUAUGCAGACAUAGACAUCAGUCUGGCUGUGGUGGUAGAGGAUGCUUCCUCGUCCUGUUGUGUCACAGUGAAAGUCUUCCCACACUCUACAAUUGGUGCUCUCAAACAGCAGAUCUUCACAGACUAUGGUUUUCAUCCACGCGUGCAGCGCUGGGUCAUUGGUCAGUCGUUGUGCUCUGAUCAUCGAUCUCUGGCUUCUUAUGCAGUUCAGCGAGAUGGCGACACUGCGUUCCUUUAUCUGAUUUCUGCCCGUCAGGCUCGUCUCAGUCAAGGGCUUUACCAAAUAGAUCAGGAAAAUGCUUUACUCAUGCCUGCCUUGGUGCCAACAUCUAAUCACCCCCACCAAAAAACAGCUACCAAUGGGCCAGCGGCAUUGAACACAGCCUCAAGGCCUUAUAGCACCCUGCCUACAAGACUGCAAAACAGCCAUAGUACUCUGAGCAACAGUGCUGGUUGCACGGAUCAGUUGGAUUUGGUUGAAAAGCGUGAUCUGAUUAAUCUUGAGAUGUCGCAGUUGAAUGAAGCCUUUGUGCCCAACAGAACAAAUACACAGCUGGGAUGGGCCUGCCCAUCAUGUACAUAUAUUAAUAAACCAACACGACCAGGCUGUGAAAUGUGUAGUGCAGACCGACCCAAAGGUUACACUGUUCCUGGCAACUACAGACCAGAUGCUCUGGAGCUACGGCGCAUUCAGCAAGAAAAAGAAGCGAUCAGGCAGUACCAACAGGCCAGAGAGGCAGAGCGUCGGGAAAACUAUGCACGUCUGGUGCAGAUGGAUGGACAGGAUCUGGUUCCUAACCCAGAGAGAGUGGAGUGCAGGAUCUGCUUUCUGGAGCUUAAUUCUGGGGAGGGAGUCCUGCUCCGAGAGUGUCUCCACUGUUUCUGCAAAGAGUGUCUCUGCUCUGUGAUUCUGAUGUCUGAGGAUCCUCAGGUGGCAUGUCCAUACAGAGACGAGGCCUACACUUGUGACUGCAUUCUGCAGGAGAGAGAAAUCAGAGCUCUGGUGGCAGUGGAAGAUUAUGAGCGUUGGUUGCAGAGAGGACUGUCUGUUGCAGAGUCUCGAUGUGAGGGCAGUUAUCACUGUGCAACGGCAGACUGUCCCGGCUGGUGUGUUUAUGAAGAUACUGUCAACACUUUCCACUGCCCAGUCUGCAAAAAACAGAACUGCCUGCUCUGCAAGGCCAUUCAUGAAGGGAUGAACUGUAAGCAAUAUCAGGAUGACCUGGCAGCUCGUGCCAUCAAUGACUCUGCAGCUAGAAGAACCAGAGACCUCCUAAAGACUCUUGUUACCUCUGGAGAAGCGAUGCAUUGCCCCCAGUGUGGUAUUAUUGUGCAGAAGAAGGAGGGCUGUGAUUGGCUCCGCUGUACAGUCUGCCACACUGAGAUCUGCUGGGUCACCAGAGGACCACGCUGGGGGCCAAAAGGUCCUGGAGACAUGACUGGUGGCUGCCGCUGCAAUGUUAACAAACAAAGAUGCCAUCCAAAAUGCCAGAAUUGUCACUGAGAAAGGGAAAAAGAGGGUAAGAGUUAGAAACAAAGAACCUAAGGUGAGAGGGAGAGACAUAAAGAGUAGUGACAUCUUAUGGCAGUUUAUGACAUUAUGAAAGCAUCUGAUAUUACCUUGAGUGUUUGGAGACAUAUCCUCUCCACCUGUCUGAACUGAAUGUCAGUUUCUGACACUCUUAGUGGCGUUGUAAAACAACUGUAAUAUUUUUUGAUUAGAAAUGUGUAGGGCUGUUAUACAACAAAUGUUGGUGCAUUUUAUGUGAUUAAAUCAUGAAAGCAAAUGAAGGAACCGAGGGGAAUCCACUUGAAAACAAAGAAUUGACCCUUUCUACUGAACAACUACUGUAUACGAUUUGAGUCCACUUAUUAGUUUUACUAGCUUAUUAAUUAACUGAUGCAUUAUUUUAUUAUUAUUCCAUAAAUCCUUAAAAGGAUAGUUCACCCAAAAAUGAAGGUCCAAAAAGCACAUAAAGGCAGCAUAUAAGUACAUCCAUUUUAAGGAUCUUCUAAAAAUCUUGUGAAUAAUGAGAGAAUUUGUAUUUUCGGGUGAACAAUUCCUUUAAGUCCUUAUUAAUGUCAAUCUCCGAUGGCGAUUUACAUUCUUUGUACAUAUCACCACCUACUGAGCAGGGAGGAGAGUUUAUAGUAAAGGACUUAAAUAUUGAUCUGUUUCCCAGCCACACCUAUCAUAUCGCUUUUGAAGACAAGUUAACAUUUGGAGUCUUGUGGAUUACCUUUAUGUGUGACAGAGUUACAGUUUAUUUUCCCAUCAAAACUAAUAACGGUCCCAUGACAUCAAAGAUAAAGCCAAAGCUAAUCAGAAACUGCAGUUUGUCAUUUAAUAAGAGAAUUGUUACAAUGCUCUUACUCAAAUACUCAUGUAUUUGACUUGUCUUGGUUUUGAAAGCUAUACUACUCUGUAACUGAAGUGUGAAGUGCCUUUUCUUGCCGCUUGUUGUGUCCAAGCCAUGUAACCACUAGCAUUAGCAAUAAUAGUGUCACAUUGUUAUUAUUUUAUAUUUGUUGCUGUUGUUGUAGUUUUUUGUGAUCUAAGAUAACUUAAUAAUGUGUGCAGUGUUAUCCCUCAACCUUUCCUAAGAGCCAAAACACGUUGUAUUUUAUCACUUUAUGCACUGCUUUCAGGUUUGUUGAUCUGUUUGUAAGUUGAUGAUUAUUUCUGGGUAAGUUUGUGUUGACACAGCCCAGGAAUUAAGUAUUGUUUUAAUACUACAAUGUAAUGCUCUGUUGAUUUUAGAGCUGAGAUAGUCGUGUUUAAAUUCCUCAAUACGGAUCUGAGCCAAAGGAUUCACAUCCAAAGCUUUAUAUCUAUGCACUGUAAUAAGAUACCAUCACCCAAAGCAUCUAUUAUUUCCUUGAGGCAAAGUCAUUUGCAUAUAGCAGAGUAGUUUCACCAACUGAAAAGUUUUCUAAUUGUAAAGCACUCGUGCAAAUGUCAAAACUGAGAAUCCAAUGAAAUUGAAUGUGGGGUGCAAUUGAAGAGUCUUCAGUGACAGACUUGUUCAGUCUUUAGCAUGAUACUGAUUUGGAAUCUCACCACCAUUCAGAUAUAUUCUCUUAUGAAGUUCAAUAAGUAGCUUGUACUGUACAAUAGAAAAAAAGUGCACAUGCAGAAAUCAUAUAUUUUUAACUCUGACCUCAGUGUUGCAAGUCUUAUUAAAGUGCCUUACCGAUUAUAGUACUGAGCAGCUUUUUGUACAUAAGUUAAAUAUUCUUGGUAAAUAUCUGGACUAAUUUAAUAUGCUUCUAAUUUUUUUGAAAAGAAAACACAAUAAAAAUAUG